AUGCGCGACAGCAUGUCCGCUCCGUCAUUGGCGAAAGCCAUCGAGCAGCAGCUCAUUGACGCCGACCAACUUUCCAGUUUUGGUGAGCUGGAAUAUGCUGCGGUGGCGAAAUUCUUGAAGGUUGGAGGUGAGACUCUGGCGCCUGCAGUUCGCGAAGUCAAGCUUCAAGAGCUGUCAGGCAAAAGUCUUCUCGACCUGCCGACCUCGAAGUACUCGGAAACUCUCGGCCUGAAAACCCUCCCGCAGCAACGUCUCCUUCAGCAGCUGGUCGCGGCCAUCCGCGAGAUGAGCACGUCUUUUUCAGUCUCUGCUCCUGCGAUCAAAAGAGCGACUGAAGAGCCGUCUUUGUCUUGUCCUGGACGGGAACCACGCUCUGCCAAAUACACUCCAGAGCAAGAGGAUGUAAAUCCCGUGGCCUUCCUCUCGCGCAAACGACUGCACGUCGCCGGCCUGCGUCGCGGAACGGCAAAGCCCCCGCAGACACCUUCGCGCGUUCCUCUCCAGCUGCCUGCUUUGAGAAAGGAAGAUGUUGCCAAGAAGACCGAGGCCGCACCAGAUAAACAGAGAGUUUCUGUGUCACUGGAAGCAGGCAUUCGACCAGAGUGUGCCGGAACCGGAAGGGGGAAACGCCUGUCGACGGAAAAUGUGGCAGCUCGCAAAAGAAAGUCUUUGGAGAGCAUGAGAGAGAAGGAGAUGGCUGUCCAGAACGAAAAUGCCAAGAAGACAGGAGGGUCGACAGAGGCUGUGGCCACUUCGAGGAACGAGAAGGGCGCAUCGAAGGCAGAGGAGACAGUGAAGCCGUUUCAGACCCCGACACGAAAGGACGCUGAGGAGAAGGCGAAUGCCGCCAAGGCGCGCGCGGAGAGAAGUUUGAUGGAGCGGCUUCAGGGCGUCAAAGCAGCUUCGUCCGGGACAAAGAAGGACGAAAGCAAACGGCUGAUUUACAUCUGCGGUGAGAGGGCUGGUCUUCAGAAGAAGGGCAAAGACGGCGGCCCCGAAGAACGUCGAAAGGCGAAAGCGAGGGGACAACUUGAGGAAGGGGAAGAGGCCGAGGAAAAGCAAGCGAGUGGCCUUGUCACAGAGCGGGGGAUGAAGACACCCGGUGGACACACACGGAAAGAUGCGACUCAGGAGAAGGCCGCGAAGAAGGAAGCCACUCGGGCCAACGUGUGCAACGAAAAAGACUCGAAGAAGGUUUUGCCAAUGAAAGGCCGGGGCCACGAGACGGAAAAACUCGGAGACAAGCCGGAAGAGACUCGUGGCGAUGCCAAAAGGGCAGAAGAGAGUGGAGGGAAACAAAUGAGUCCAGGGGAAGAAAAGAAAGAACGGGGAGUCAAGAACAAGGACGAGACAUGCACACUUAGCAAAGGCAAAACUGCAGAAAGAGGCGCACAAGGCUUGUCAAGGAAGUUGAAAAGGGAGCGAGAGACGGAGACAGAAGAAAAGGUGGUUUUUACCGAAAAUCUGAGAAAGAGAGGCAAGGGAAGUGGACGGAGUGGGUGGGCAGUGAAGAGGGAGGGAGAAAAGAUAGAAGGAAAAGUGACGAAGGAGACAAAACCAGGAGCUCCUAAGAAGGCAGACGAAGCCAAAACCAAGCGAAAGCUCGAGACGAAACAGAAAGGCAAAACCCGAGGCAAGACGGGCACGAAACGAGAGGAGGCUAGCGAGGGCAUUCUCUCGUGCAGCGGAUCAGCAAAAAACGCAACAGGAGAAGAUUUAGCUGAUCUCUGCUGCCGCGUUUGCUGCACGCUGCCUGACGCCUCAAUGCGGUUCGAGAGGAACCCAGAAGAUCUGGAAACGAUCACUCAUCUUGUUGUCCCCAGAGAUCAAGAGAGACCGACGCUGAAGGUUCUCUUCGUCCUCGCCACCGGCGGCCACAUCGUGAAUCCUCAGUUUGUCAGAACAGCAGACGAGAGGGAGACUUGGCCACGGACAACCGCACCGUUUGAGAGUUACCACUUCCCGACUCGAGUUCACCGGAAAGCGAUUUCUCCACCUCUGAAGGGGAAACGCAUUGCCGUCGCGGGCGUCUUUCCUCGAGCUUGUGCCUCAAAGGGGACAUUGACAAAGCCUCUUUUGUGUCGACUGAUUCACCUGUGUGGGGGCGUCCUUCUCGAACCGUCUGACCGCGUGCCGAGCAGCCCCGAGUUCCUCGUCUGCCCCGCGGACUUUUGUGCAAAGGCUGCAGAGCGAGGCGAGACGAACGCAGAAAAAAGCGGGAAAGACACCGGAGAAGCCGGGCCAGACGAACCAGACGCAGUUGCCGUUGACGUCGUGACAGUUCACUGGGUUGUCGAGAGCCUUCGAACGUGGAAAAUGGAACCUGCGAAUAUUCACAACCACCCACAUGCGUCUGCGAUUAGACGCUUCUUCGCCUUCUCUCCUCGUCCUCCCAGAGUAGUCAAGGCUGAGACAGAACCAAAGAAAGAAACAGAAAUGCAGAAGGAAAGCACACAGGUGCCGGAGAAAGAAUCCGAGAAAGGACGCGUGGAAGCAGCGAAGAAGAGAAACGAGGAAGGAGCAAAUAGAGCACAGGUGAAGGGACAGGCGAAAGGACAGGUGGAAGAAGCGAAGAAGAUAAAAGCGACAGAAAACGAGGAAGGACAGGUGAAAGGAAAGGCGAAAGGACAGGUGAGAGAAACAAAGAAGGAACAGGAGACAGAAAUGAAGGAGAUACGAGCGGAAGAAACGACGCAUAUGAGGGAUAAGGGGACGAAGAGGAGACAGGUGAAAGCAAUAGAAACUGAGGAACAAGUUGGUUUCGACCAAGAAGCUAAAGCAUGCCACCACACGGAGAACUUAGUGCAAAAGAGAAACACCGCGAAGAGCUGUAAGAACUCCGAUCAGCAAGGAGAAAAGGACGCAGAGAAGAAGACGGCACGGACUCCAGGGAAAGACAGAAAGCGCGCCAACGGUCAAGGCCAAGGGAAAGAUGAACACAGAGAAAAGGAUAAGAGCGAGUCUCGGUUUACGGCGAAGCAGACAGUUGCAACCACUGGGCGCCCAUGUUCGGGAAGCAGACAGGAGGAACAAGGACACAAGGAGAUAACUCAACACGAGGAGACCGAUCUGCAGAUAGAAGAAGAAAACAAAGAGCAGGCGGCGAAGAAGAACCGCGGCAGAGAAGGGCCACCGUCUCGUUCUCGUUAUGGAAAAGGACGCGUGGAAAGAAAUGCCGAUGCGAAACAGCAGGUGGGGGGGAAGCGAAGGGUGAAAACCAAAGAGGAGGACGAGCAGAUGCCGUCAAACGGAGAGACGAAAAGGAACGAGAGAGACAGAAAGAAGAAGAGUCAGAAGAGAGAACUCGAGAAACGCGAGGAUGAGGAUCUGUGGACGAGAGUCGGAGAUUCAGAAGUCGAGGAGAUGGAGAACGAAGGGGAUGUGCGGAAGAAGAGGAGAAUAGCAGCAGUCGACAGCGAUAGGGAAGAAGAGAAACAAACUCCUCAGUCAUCCGCAGGGAAAGAGGUGAAGAAGGCCGAAAAGGAGAGGGCACACGCAGACGAAGAACAUGAAGAAGACGACGGUAGUGAAGCGGAGAAAGAGGACGAAGAUAGCGAAGAAGAAUACUCGUGUAGCGAAGAAGAAGCAAGCGAGGAAGAGGAAGAAGGGCUUGAGGAGGAAGAAGCAGAAGCCUGGGAAGACGAAGGUGGCGACAGCAAUCGGAGAGUCCGAAUCCGGAAGGGCAGGAACCAGCAGGUGCGAAGAAGUGACGUCCAAGGUGAAACAGCGGCCGCGAAAGAAGGGAGGAAGAGAGGAACAGGGCUGGUGUCUUCGGCCGUCUCAGAGAAGUUACUCGGACGACAGAAGGCAGACGUGACUCUCUUUCCUAGCGAGGCGAAGACAGGCUCAGGAGACCAGGAAGUCGAUGACUUAGAGAUGGGGGAGGAGAAACGAACAAGAGAAAACAAGGAACUCGUGGUGUGGCGCGGUUCUCAAGGAGCAAGAAAGGAGGUCGGAGAGACAGGAAAAAUCCAGUCUCCGCGAGCGGUAUCAGCAGAGGUUCAGAGCGAGAGAAUGGCGAUGAGAGAAGACGGCGUGGAAGCAGAAAAAGAGGCACGCGUGGAUACCACAGAAACGGUCUUCUCAAAUAGCCAAGUCGAAGAAGAGAAAGGCGCACGCAAGCCUUCACAACCCGACAAAGUGGAGAGAAGUGAAACAGACAACGUCGAACACGAGGAACCGAAAUGUGAUGCGGAUGCUCUUUCUCAUGACGAUAUAGCCACCAACAGUAGGAGGACUGUGCAAGCAAAAGAAGACCGAGCGAGGACACGAGAAGCACAAGAAGAGAUCUACCUUGCGAACGACAGUGCAAGACACGAGGCCGUCCACGAGGAGCACCAGAACAGCAGAGAAGAGCGGGGAGAGGAACAAGAAGAGUCUUGGUCCGCAGAUGAUGCAAUGGCCAAUGAAGAAAACGGAAGCAACUACAGCGACGAAUUUGAACUAGGCCCUUCACAACUUGCUCACUUCCAUCUUCCUGACUUCGGUAGCAGUGACAGCGAAGAUGACCAGGAAGAAGAGGGAGACGAAGAAGAGGGGAAAGAGAUCGACGGAGAAGAGAGUGAAGAAGAAGAGAGGGAAAUGACAGAUGUGGAGGAAGGCCAGAAUAGCGGGAAACAGUCUGUUGCAGGCGAAGAGAGGGAAGAUGGGCACGAGACAGCAACAGAUCUGAGCGCCGAAGAACAAGAGGCUCGACGAGAGCACUCUCCUUCUCCGAAACAUUCACAUACACACACUUCUCUGCCUUUCUGUGCGUCACAGUUGAAAAGCAGCAAAGAAUCUCACGACAGUGUAGCGCUUUUUCCAGACUCACAGAACAGUCAGGCAGAAAGUGACCGGGCUCACUCAAAGUCGUCUCAUGCUUUCUCACCGAACGCCACGGGGACACACAGAGAACUUUGUGAAGAGGCCUUCUGGGACAACGACGAGAAUGUGCGUCCACCCUUCAGUGGGUAGGGGGAAAGUUUUUUGUAAACGUGUAACGCUCCCUGUGUAAACGAUUAUUUUUACCACAGCGUCCGUGGGUUCUGUGGGAUACAUACAAAUGAGUAGUGUAAAACGCAAAGAUGACAUCGGUACACCUGUUUUCAGGGCUUCUAAUUGCACCAAUGUUUCUCUAUUUGCAUUGCUGUAUCGCAUUUACAAAUUUCCGAAAUCAACAGAGCGCAAUCCAAUGAGCCCUGCGGGCAUGUACAUAUUUUGAGUGGCGCGAAGAAAGGAUCUGUGUUCGUAAU